AUGACCAUGUCUAUUCCCCUUCGCCAACUUGGUGCGAAUGGCCCUGAAGUGCCUGCCUUGGGAUAUGGCAUGAUGGGUCUUUCUCAGCCCGUCUACGGCAGUGUCCCCAGCGAACAAGACAAGUUCACUAUGCUAGACCGAGCUUACGAACUAGGAGCCAGACAUUGGGACUCUUCUGAGUAUUCACGAAAUCUUGCAGCNCUCUACAACGACAACGAAGAGACAUUGGGCAAAUGGUUCAAGCGUACCGGCAAACGAGCCGAUAUCUUCCUCGCCACAAAGUUCGGUUUCGUCAAGGGCAAGUUUCCUCAACUGGAUAGCACUGGCGAGUAUGCGAAGAAGGCCUGUGAGGAGAGUUUGAAGCUGCUCGGUGUAGAGUAUAUCGAUCUCUACUACCUACACCACCCAAACCCAAAGACGCCCAUCGAAGACACAAUGAGAGGACUGAAAGAACUCCAAGAUAAAGGCAAGAUCAAGUACAUCGGUCUCUCCUCCGUGUCAUCAAAGACACUGCUUCGAGCCUCCAAGAUCGCAAAAGUCUCAGCUGUUCAAGUGGGCUACUCUGCUUUCGAACUCGACAUUGAGAACGACAAAGGAACAAAGCUUCUGGAAACCUGUCGUUCCCUGGAUGUUGCCAUCAUUGCUGCCAUGCGAUUGGGCAGAGGUGUUUUGACCGCCACUUUCGCUGACAACACACCUCUGGACCCAAAAGACAUGAGACCAUCUUUUAUGCCUAGAUUUCAGAAAGGCAACAAGGAGAAGAAUGUCGAGAUAGCCAAGCGAUGGAGACAAUUGGCUGAGACUAAGGGGUGCACGAGUGCUCAACUUGCGAUCGCAUGGCUGCUCAAGCAAGGUGACGACAUCUUUGUCAUUCCCGGAACCAAGAGAGUCAAGUACCUGGAAGAGAACUGCGCUGCUGCAGACGUUGAGCUCAGCGAACAGGAUGUGACAGAGAUUAGGGAGUUUGCAGAGACUUGUGAGAUUGCUGGAGGAUGUCUUCCGCCUAACUUUGAGAGCUUUACCUUUUCUGAUACGGUGGAGGAGGAAAAGGAGGGAUUUCACAUGUGA